UAUGGAUAAUUCUGAGCAAUACUUUGCUAAGUUUAAAGGUGUACUAACUGAUUCAUACAUCAAGCACAUCCCUUGUCUGAUUGGAAGUGAGAGAAAGAAAAUCCUUAAAAGGACAAGGAUUUACGCAGAAAAAUCUAAGAAUCAGCCAAUUGAAAAAGUCCCACUUUCUCAAGACUGGCUAAAGCUUGAAGUUAUGAAAGAACAAAUAUCUCAUAAGUUGGUUAUAGAUACAUGACCUAGCAUAGAAGCGGUACAUGCUAUCCUGAAGUUCUCGACAAAAGCACCAGAAGGCUCUAAAAUUCCUGAAAAGGAGCAAGAAGGAUUUUACAUUAAAGCUAUUUCCCCAUUUUUCUUGAACAACAAAAGGAUCACUGAAGAAGAUGACUAUAAAAUGAUAAAGCAGCACGAUACCUUGCAUUUCCCUUGUGGCAAUUGAACCAUCCCUCAUGUUUUCCAUCUGAUAUUACCCAUAAGAAGAGUAAUCAACGAGAAUAGUCAAAAGCCAGGAGCCAGAGAAGUGCCCGGAAAAGAUGGAAAAUUUAAUAAAUCUAAUAUAAGCAGUAAAUCUUUAAGCUUGCAUUCCAAGCAAGCAAAGAUAAAAUCACCCAACGAGGAAUGGACGAAUAUCGAAAAAGAUACUCUCAAAUAAGAACCUCUUACUGUUCGGAUACGGCCGGUGGGAGAAGGUCAAAAAGUCCUCGAAGGAAAGCUCAGGGUUUCUCGUUAAAAAGGACAUUAGCUACCUCAAAGCAUUUGCAAAUGGGUUUAUCAGAAACAUCUAUCAAUAUAUUCCUUUUGACAAAUCAGAGCUAAGGAAAUACCUCCUAAAUCUGAUUGAUGAAAGUGAUAACCCACCAGUAGUGAAGACCGAUCCUCAAGACUGGGGAAAACUUAUCAAAGCUAGAUCAACUCCUUGGGGAAAAAGACUUCAAUUACUUGACAGAAUCAACUUCUUGAUCCAAACUUUCAAAGAAAGCAAGAAAGAGUAUUUAGAGAUGGACCCGAUCAAGCAAGAUGAAGUCAUCAAAGUUGCUUAUCAAAGAUGGGAUAACUUGCUUAAUUUCCUACCAGUAUCUGCAUUCUAUGGUCAGAGACCCUCCGCGUGGUGGACCAGAAGGCAUGACAUUGACUUAAUUAUUGGAACUUAUAAAUAUGGCUACGCUAAUUACACACAAAUGAGAAAUGAUACCUCGUUAUCCUUCCAUCUUCUUGAGAAAGUCCAAGGUACAUUCCAAGAGUUCCCAAAUGCUGACAACAUCACAAGAAGGUUGAAAAAGUUAGUACAGAUGAUCGGGAAACAAGCUGAAUUUGGUCUCAAAUUUGACAACCUUGAUGGUCUCAAGGAGCCAACUGGGUACACCCUUUCAGAGAAAGAAGUCAUUCUCAAAGUUCUGCUUGAUAUAGGAAUCCCUCUUUCUAAGGAUUCCAAGUAUGACUGGACUUACCUCAAAGAGAAAAUCAUAGUUGCAAUGGAUGGGAAAGACCUAAAAGACAAGAAUAUCCAACAGCUAGAAAGAUUUGUACAAAGAGUAAGGAUGAUUUGCCAACAAAAGAUUUUACAAGAGUCAGAAGGAAUAAGCAUGUAUAAAGAUAUACCCGCUGUCCUUGAUAGUGACGAUGAAACUUCCGAGCACAAGAAGCCCAAAACUGAAGAAAAAGAAGAAUCAAAAGAAGACCCCAUAGAAGAGUCAAAAAUCCCUUUAGAAAACUCCUACUUCGACAACUGCCUCAAAUUCGACCCUGACAAAGACGGUUUCAAGCUCACCAAAGAGAUCUCCCACGAGCUCCACAAACGCCUAAACAUGCUAGACUUCAUCCGUAAAGAAAUCCUCACCAACAAAGGCAAACUCUUCAAAUCCGGCUCCUCCACUCUCUCCUCCUCCCCCAAAAUCACCCCUGACCAAGACAAAUCCCUCCUCUACACACUAAACCUCAACGGCUUCAGUUCCCUCUCCUCCCUCUCCUCCCUCUCCCUACACACCUCCCAAGCCACUACCCCUUCCAACCUACCACCCCUCACCCUGACGGAAGCCCAAGCUUUCGCCCGUAUAGAAUACCUCUGCGCUCACUUUGAAGCAGUCAAGUACAAAAAUAAUUAA